AUGGCGCUACAAUUGGUGCUAGUGUACGUCAGCGUGGCUUUGGCGCUAGUGGCUUUGGUGUGUAUUCGGUGGAAAAGGCGAAAACUGUACGCAGCCGCAGCGAGCAUGGAUGGGCCACCUUGUCUGCCGUUGGUCGGGCAUGUUUAUCUCAUCUUCGGCAAGCGAUGCGGAGAGGACAUAUUGCAAGUGCUUGAUCGAUACGCUCCUAAAUACAAGUCUCCCAUCGGAAUGUGGAUGGGACCGCAGCUCAUCGUCGGUAUCAAGGAUAAUCCCGAGUACUUCCAGAUUGUAAUGAACUCGCCGCACAUGCUGAACAAGAUGGACCAGUACAACUUUUUCCGUGUUGUUAAUGGUCUUUUCGCUGCUCCAGACCACACAUGGAAAAACGAGCGUAAGCUGCUAAAUCGAUCGUUCAGCCCGAUUAUGUUGUCCAGUUUUGUGGAUAUAUUUAAUGACAAAGACUUUAUCAUGGUGGAGAAUAUGCGGAAACUAGUGGGUCGCGGAGAAAUCGAUCUCCACAUGACCAUUGCAAAAUGCACCAUCGAUUCCAUUUUUGGCAAGUACUACAUAAAUAACAUUCAUAUUCCUUUAUGAUGUCAUGUCGAUCGUACACGUGUUCAACUUUCAGGAACUGCUUUUGGAAAGGAUCUCAACACGCAAGGACACGAUGACGCCGAUGAGUACCUACAUUGUCUGGACACCUUCUUCUCACUCGUGUUCAAGCGAAUACUGCACGUGGAACGUUAUCCUGAUAGCAUCUACCGUUUGACGAAGGAUUACGAAACCGAAACAAACUGUUUGAAUAUUAUACGCAACAUGUCGUUCGAUUUAAUGCAAGAGUUGAAGCAAAAUUCGAAACAAACGAAGGUCGCCCAUGCAGAGCAGGCCUUUGAAGGAAAACCCGCACUAAACUUUGCGGAAAGUCUUUUCAAUUUGGCAGAGCACAACCCCACGCUAACCGAGGAGCAUAUCAAAGAUCACAUUGACACAAUGAUUAUUGCAGGGCACGAUACAACCGCCACUACGAUGUCAAAUCUGCUGCUCAUGCUCGCUAUGCACCCGGAGGUGCAAGAAAUGGUUUACCAGGAGGUGAUGAGCGUUUGUCCGGACAAAUCCAAGCCCGUUACGAUGGAGGAAGCGAAUAAUCUCGUCUACACUGAGAUGGUGUGUAAGGAGACGAUGCGCCUCUUUCCUGUGGGUCCUUUGAUUGGAAGGAAAUGCGUGGCGGAUGUUAAACUAGAUGAGAAACAUACCAUUCCAGCUGGAUGCUGCGUAGCGCUCGGGAUAUAUCAGAUCCAUCGGGACCCUUCGAUUUGGGGUCCGGAACCGACGAAAUUCAAUCCUGAUCACUUCCUUCCGGAGAAGGCAGCCGAACGGCACCCGUACGCUUAUCUUCCCUUUAGCGGAGGUCCUCGAAAUUGCAUUGGCAUCCGAUACGCCUGGUUGUCGAUGAAAAUUCUCAUCGUACAUCUUGUGAGAAACUAUCGCUUUAAGACUUCGCUCAAGAUGGAGGAUUUACUCAUUAAAUUUGCCGUCAUUCUGAGGAUCACCAACGGUUGCCUCGUGUCGAUAGAGGAUCGCGGCAACAGUCCGGUAAUGAACAUACAGUUUUCGCUGGUAUAUGUCGCCGUCACAUUGACAACUCUUGCUCUGGUUUGUGUGCUAUGGAAACGACGAAAGUUGUAUGCUGCUGCAGCAACGAUGAAUGGCCCAUUGGCUUUGCCUCUAAUUGGCCAGCUUUAUCUCAUCUUGGGGAAAAAACGUAAAGAUGACUUUUUGAAUGUGCUCAAUCGCUUCGCACCGAAUUACAACUCACCCGUGGGAAUCUGGCUCGGGCCAGCAUUCGUUGUCGGCAUCAACAACAAUCCGGACCAUUUUCAAACAGUUCUCAACUCACCGCACCUGCUUAACAAAACGCAUCAUUACAACUUUUUCCGUGUACGCCGUGGACUGUUUUCCGAGCCAGACCACAUCUGGAAGCACGAUCGGAAACUGCUGAACCGAUCGUUCAGUCCCUCGAUAUUAUCCAGCUUUGUGGAUAUUUUUAACGAGAAAGACUUCAUCAUGGUGGAGAACAUCAGAAAGCAUGUUGGGAAGGGUGAAAUUGAUCUGAAUUUACAUAUUGCGAAGUGCAUGAUUGAUGCGUUGUUUGCAACUUCGUUUGGAAAGGAUCUCAACACCCAAGGACACGACGGAGCGGACGAAUAUCUUCACACAUUGGAUACGUUUUUUUCGCUCAUAUUCAAGCGUAUUCUGUCUGUUGAACGGUACCCGGAUUUUUUGUACCGCUUUACAAAAGACUACAAAACCGAAACGGACUGCUGGAACAUCAUCCGUAGUAUGUCCAACACAUUUCUAAAGGAACGGAAACUGCAUCCACGUGAUUCGAAGCAACCGACUGAGGGAGACAAUCACGAGCAGAAACCGGUACACAUUUUUGCGGACAACCUGUUUGAUAUAGCUGCGAAAAAUUCAUCGCUAACCGAGGAUCACAUUCAGGACCAUGUCGAUACCAUGAUUGCCGCUGGGCACGAUACAACCGCCACUACGAUGUCAAAUCUGCUGCUCAUGCUCGCUAUGCACCCGGAGGCGCAAGAAAUGGUUUACCAGGAGGUGAUGAGCGUUUGUCCGGACAAAUCCAAGCCCGUCACGAUGGAGGAAGCGAAUAAUCUCGUCUACACUGAGAUGGUGUGUAAGGAGACGAUGCGCCUCUUUCCUGUGGGUCCUUUGAUUGGAAGGAAAUGCGUGGCGGAUGUUAAACUAGAUGAAAAACACACCAUUCCAGCGGGUGCGUCCGUAUGCAUCUUUAUCUAUACUCUACACCGUGAGCCGUCCAUUUGGGGCCCAGAGCCGACGAAAUUCAAUCCCGAUCAUUUUCUUCCCGAGAAAGUGGCAAAGCGUCACCCGUACGCUUAUCUACCAUUUAGUGGAGGUCCUAGAAACUGCGUAGGCAUCCGAUACGCCUGGUUGUCGAUGAAAAUUCUCAUCGCACAUCUCGUACGAAACUAUCGCUUUAACACAUCGUUGACUAUGCAGGACUUAGUGGUGAAGUUUGCCGUCAUACUAAGAAUCACUAACGGGUGUAUAGUUUCGAUAGAAGAUCGGUGA